AUUCAUGCUCAGUCUCGCCGGUAAAGCCAAGCUGAACAUCAGAUUGUAUGUAAAACACAAUGAAGCCGAAACCAUUACAUCUUCGAAGAUUAUUCAGAUCGCUUUCUCUCCGCCGUUGUCGGCUUUCUUCUCCGUUUUCUUCUCAAACACAUGUAACCCAACCAACCAAGCCUCAGAAACCUUUCUUCAGGUCACCGGAAAAUAAUGAAUCCGUCGAUCACUUCUGCCAACAGAAACGCUUGAAAGACGCCGUCCAGUCACUCGAAAAGCAAGUUCACCGGCCAUCUGCGUCUUUAUACGCGGCAGUUCUUCAGCUCUGUAUUGAAAAGAGAGCUCUGGAUGAGGGCAAAAGAGUCCAUUCCCACAUCAAAGGAUCGGGUUUUGCGCCCGGGGUUUUCAUUUCGAACAAGAUUCUCGAUUUGUACUGCAAAUGCGAGAGUAUUUCCGAUGCCCGGAAACUGUUCGAUGAAAUGGGUGACAGGGACGUAUGUUCUUGGAACACUUUGAUAUCUGGGUACGCAAAAAUGGGCCGAGUUUCGGAAGCGAGGAAGCUGUUCGACGAAAUGCCUAAAAGAGAUAACUUUUCCUGGACAGCCAUGAUUUCGGGUUACGUUAAGCACAAAAGCCCAGCAGAUGCGUUGGAAUUAUACAGACUAAUGCAGAGAAAUUCGAAUUUUGCGUGCAACAAAUUCACCAUUUCUAGCGCCCUGGCAGCUUCGGCUGCUAUUCAGUCUUUGCGUUUGGGGAAGGAGAUUCACGCACAUAUAACACGAAUGGGGCUGGAUUCUGAUGCCGUAGUUUGGAGUGCUUUAUUAGAUGUGUACGGAAAGUGUGGGAGCUUGAACGAGGCAAAGUACAUCUUCGACAGAACAGUGGGUAACGACAUUGUUUCUUGGACAACAAUGAUCGAUCGGUAUUUCGGAGAUGGGAAAUGGGAAGAAGGGCUCUCUUUAUUUUCCGAUUUCUUAAGCUCAGGCAUUAAGCCUAACGAGUUUACAUUCGCUGGGGUGUUAAAUGCAUGUGCUCAUCAAACCGCAGAGGAGUUAGGCAGACAAGUACAUGGACUAAUGAUGCGAAUCGGAUUCGAUCCAUCUUCGUUUGCCGCUAGUGCACUCGUUCACAUGUACACUAAAUGCGGCAGUGUCGAGAGAGCAAAUAGAGUUUUCAAUUGGCUGCCAAAACCCGAUUUAGUUUCGUACACUUCUUUGAUCAAUGGAUAUGCCCAAAACGGUCAACCCCACGAAGCUCUCAAGCUGUUUGACUCAUUAGUUAAAUCCGGUAAUAAGCUCGAUCAUGUUACUUUUGUUGGGGUUUUGUCGGCUUGCACUCAUGCUGGUUUAGUCGAUAAAGGGCUCGAAUAUUUUUAUUCAAUAACGGAGAAACAUGGAUUGAGCCACACUUCUGAUCACUAUGCUUGUGUGGUUGAUCUUUUGAGCCGUUCAGGUAGAUUUAAAGAAGCCGAAGAUAUUAUUAAAAAAAUGCCAAUGAAACCCGAUAAGUUUUUGUGGGCUUCUUUACUCGGUGGUUGCAGAAUUCAUGGAAAUUACGAACUUGCCGAGCGAGCAGCCGAAGCUUUAUUCCAAAUUGAGCCGGAGAAUGCUGCUACGUAUGUCACACUUGCUAAUAUAUACGCCACUGCGGGUAAAUGGGGUGAGGUGGCAAAUGUAAGGAAAUUAAUGGACGAAAAGGGAGUGGUGAAGAAACCCGGUAUGAGUUGGAUUAAUAUCAAGAAGAAGGUGCACGUUUUCUUGGUUGGAGAUCAAUCCCAUUUAAAAUCGAGAGAAAUAUUCGAUUUUUUAGGGGAGGUUUCGAAGAGAAUGAAGGAAGAAGGGUAUGUGCCUCACACGGACUACGUACUGCACGAUGUUGAAGAGGAGCAGAAGGAGCAGAACUUGUUUUAUCACAGCGAAAAACUUGCGGUGGCGUUUGGUGUAAUUAGUACUCCCGAGGGGAGUUCGAUUAAGGUUUUCAAGAACUUGAGGACUUGCGUGGACUGUCAUUCGGCGAUUAAGUUUAUUUCGAGUAUUGUUGAGAGGAAGAUUAUUAUACGGGAUUCGAGUAGGUUCCAUUGUUUCGAGUCUGGAAAAUGCUCGUGCGGUGAUUAUUGGUGAUUUUACGGUAUCGAUUGAAAAAGCUCGUCGGCUACAAAUAGUAUUGUCCGAAUGAAGCAAGAUUGGCAAGGCUGAGUCUGUAAUCUUUGACAAUUCUUGAUUUGCUGAAACCAUAAAAAUGCAGUUUGGAUUAUUUUAUUUUAUUUUUUCCUUUUUUU